GAGUGCUCGUACGCGAAGUUUCAGCUUAAGUUUUGUCCUAAAAUAGUCAGCAGCUGUGCGUGUCAGGUGUUUAAACAGGAAUUUAGCUGUGUUUACAUCUAGCCAGGUGAGUUAGCAACCGGUUUACUAGCUGUGAGCGCGAUUCCGCCACAACUCUCAAAGCAAAAACAGAAAUGUGAGGAGUGAAAUCAGCUAAUAGAUUUUAACGACUUUAAAUGUAAAAAAAAAGCCUGUGUUUUGAUACAGAUGUGUGUAUUUAAGUGUUCCUUAAUAAGAUAACGUAUGUUAGCAGAUGUCUUUCACUUAUUAGUGAACAAUGCAAAUUGUAGUUUAUCAUUAACUGGCUUGUCAAUAAACUUAUGUUGGUAUAGCUUAUGUACUUUGUAUAUUCUGAGUUAAAAGAUUAUAUUUUUUCCCUUCGUAAACUGGUAUUUGUUUUCCCUCUGUUUCUUUUCAUGCACAAUGGAGUUUCGGAGGAAGUAAAGGGGGACGGUGUGUAUCCAGCCUCUAGUUAUCAGUUAACAGGUGGUUUGAGGACUUCCUGCCAUUAGAGAUGCACUUUCAAGGAGGAAGGUUUCCCAUGCUAUGGCAAGUGUGCUAGCAACAAAAAUGGGGCUCAAUUCCCUCCGGAAGAAGCAAGUCAAGACAUUCAAUGUCAGAAUUGUUACAAUGGAUGCAGACUUGGAGUUCAGUUGUGAGCUGAAGUGGAAAGGGAAGGAUCUGUUUGAAUUGGUGUGCCGGACGCUGGGACUCAGGGAAACCUGGUUCUUUGGUUUACAGUAUGAUGUCAAAGACACUGUGGCAUGGCUGAAAAUGGACAAGAGGGUUUUGGAUCAUGAUAUGCCCAAAGAAGAACCUAUAGUAUUUCAUUUCCUGGCCAAGUUUUACCCAGAGAAUGCUGAAGAGGAGUUGGUACAAGACAUAACCCAGCACCUAUUCUUCCUACAGGUGAAGAAGCAGAUUCUAGAGGAGGUGAUCUACUGUCCUCCUGAGGCUUCGGUGCUGUUAGCCUCGUACGCCGUCCAUUCUAAGUAUGAAGAUUACGACCCUAAUGUCCACAAGCUGGGCUUUCUGUCCCAGGAGGAGCUGCUACCAAAGAGAGUUAUUAAUUUGUACCAGAUGACUGCAGAGAUGUGGGAAGAGAGGAUUACAGUCUGCUAUGCUGAGCACAGGGGAAGAACCAGAGAUGAUGCAGAGAUGGAGUAUUUAAAAAUAGCUCAGGAUCUGGAGAUGUAUGGGGUCAAUUACUUUUCCAUUAGGAAUAAAAAAGGGACGAGUUUACUGCUGGGUGUUGAUGCUUUGGGCCUCCACAUUUAUGACCCGGAGAACAAACUAACGCCCAAAAUCUCUUUUCCCUGGAAUGAGAUCAGAAAUAUAUCUUACAGUGAUAAAGAGUUUGCUAUUAAGCCCUUGGAUAAGAAGGCAGAUAUCUUCAAGUUCAACUCUUCGAAACUCAGAGUCAAUAAACUGAUCCUUCAGCUGUGCAUCGGGAACCACGACCUCUUCAUUAGAAGACGCAGAGUGGACUCUGUGGAAAUCCAACAGAUGAAGACUCAAGCUAGAGAAGAGAGAGCUCGUAAACAGAUGGAGCGUCAGAGGUUAGAGAGAGAGAAACAGUUGCGAGAAGAGGCAGAGAGAGCUCGUGAUGAGCUGGAGAUGCGACUGAUUCAGUUACAGGAUGAAGCUCACAUGGCCAAUGAAGCACUGUUAUGCUCAGAGGAGACUGCAGAUCUUCUGGCAGAGAAGGCACAGAUCGCUGAGGAGGAGGCCAAGCUGUUGGCUCUGAAAGCAGCUGAGGCAGAACAUGAGAUUCAGCGCAUUAAGGUGACAGCGAUUCGAACUGAAGAGGAGAAGAGACUCAUGGAGCAGAAGAUGUUAGAGGCUGAGAUGCUUGCACUGAAGAUGGCAGAAGAGUCCGAAAGGAGGGCAAGAGAGGCCGACCAACUGAAACAGGAACUGCAGGAGGCGAGAGAAUCUGAACGCAGAGCCAAAAACAAACUGCUGGAGAUUACCAGCAAAUCGCCUUACUCGCCUGCACCAUUGUCUGCCAACGCACUUCCUCCUGACUGCUCAAACUUCAGCUUCAGCACAGAAAACCUGAGUUUUGACUUCAAAGACACGGACAUGAAAAGGUUGUCCAUGGAGAUCGAAAAGGAGAAGGUGGAGUAUAUGGAAAAGAGCAAACACCUUCAGGAGCAGCUGAAUGAACUGAAGACAGAGAUUGAAUCAUUAAAGCUAAAGGAGCGAGAAACGCAGCUAGACAUCCUUCAUAAUGAGAACACUGAGAAAGGCAACAGCAAGCAGAGCAACUUUAAAAAGCUUACUCUACAGAGCACCAAAUCCAGAGUGGCCGCCUUCCAGCAGCUAUAGCCAUCCACAUGGACUAGACUAUCAUUUUUGUAUUUGUCAUUGUCUUGAUUUCAUAACGAUCCUAACAGGCUGUGAUCCAUUCCCUUUUGCCGCUAGCACAUUCCGCUGAUGAAGAAUUUAUGUGAUUUAAAGUUUACAUUACAGCUAGAAGACCAGGGCCUCGGCGUGGCCUCAUGCAAACACUAAAAUAAAGAGGGUCUUUCUCUCUCAGACACACUACUCAAACUCACUCGCUCAUUCUGUGAGUCAAACUACAUGCUGUUUCCCAGUAUCCCUUUGCCUGCAUGAGGUUGUAAACCCAUUAUGAAGACACUACUGUUUAGUGGGCAUUAAGUAACGUAUAAACACAUCCUACCUGUAUCUCUGCUGUGCAUCUUCCCAGUUGCAAAGCAGAUCUCUCUGUCUCUCUCAAUCAAUAUGCGUCAUGAUAAUUGGCCUAAAUCAGUUAUAUUGCACCCUUGUGUGGUAUUAGGUUUGGUGUUCAUUUUUUUGGUCCAAUUUGGAAAUGACUGGACCUUCGUGAAGUUUGAACUAAACCUCAUUGUGUUACAGUUUUAAAGCUGGUAUACUUAUGUGGAAGUAUAGAUUUAGUACAGGAUAUUUUAGGGAAAGAAAAAACCUUAGGGAGUAUAUCAUUUGAAACACUACAAAAUGAAAGAUUUGGGAUUAAGAUUUUGUUUUUAAAUGUUUACUUUUCUUGAAAUGUUGUAGAAUGUUUUAAAGGAUUUGAAUAUAUUUUUGAAAUUGUGUGUUCAUGUAGAGGAAUAAAGGAAAUUGAA